AUGUCUAAAUCAUCUCAUCCCGCCUUGGUAUGGCCUCGAACGGAUAGUGAUCCAUCCAAAUACCCAGAUACUACCAGAGGUUCCGAUUCAUGGUACGAGGAGGAAGGUGCCGGGACAGCCAAGUAUGAGCUAUAUGCGAGUCAGGUAGCCAAGCAUCUGGUCCAUCACCUGGGACUGAGCGUAGAUGCAUCAAAACAACGCAUACCUCUGCCUGAUGGAUACAAGAUAUUUGCUCACAAGAAGGCACAGUCUUCAGGUGAAAUUAGAACGGAUCAUUAUGUGUAUGGAGCACGUGAUGUCGCGAAAUUUCGAAGUGUACCUGAAUUCUUAGAUCAUGCAGAGUGGCUAUUUGAUACUUCGAGACCGUUAGAUGAUCAUACCACUUGUACCUGUAAAUACAGUAAAGGAACCAAUAGAAGACAGUCCAUGCCCAGCUCAGCUACCAAACGACCAUCGGGUAGCUCACCUCUGAAAGAAGGAUCAGCUAAGAAGAAGAAGGUGGAACCGGGGGAAGAAGCCGUAUUCCCUGCUGUCGUACCUGAACGAGCUGAGGAAUUGAGAUCGCAUAGAAGAUUUCGACGAGGUGAAUUGAUCUGGUUCAAAAUCAAUACCAUCGAUCCUCCAUCACACGCCCCUACAGCUGGUCUCAAACCUGUGACUCAUUGGCCAGGGUUGAUAUCGAAAAUACUCCUGAAGACGAAAGUUCUCAAUAGCGGAGAUGUCGCUUCUGCAUCUGCCUCUUCCGCGUGGACGCUUUUCGGUGGUCAAGCACCUACCUCUUUGGAUAGUUCGAACCAGACCGUCAUACAUUAUUACGAAUAUCACAUUAGACCGCUGGGUAUGUUCAGUGCCCAAGACGAAAUUAUCAAAGAUGGAAGGGAUGUUCUGCCUUGGCAGGCUGGGAGUGCAUUGAUGGGAGGAGAACCAGGAUGGAAUAGUAUAGGAUUACAUGCUGAGAAAGUGUUAAAGGAAGGUGUGAAGAAAGAAGGUGCAAAACAUAAAGGUUCGGGUCAAUCUCAAGAAGAACUCGAGAGUCUCGUGAAUAAAGGUUGGAAGGGUAAUUGGGCAAAGAGAAUAAGGUUCUUGGAGAUGUCUGAUAAAUAUGAAGAGAUAGUUUUCAGAUUGAGCGUAGCACUGAAAAUUGGUUCGGACAUUGCAGAGGCAUGGGCUCAGACUGAUAAGAUUGAUGUGUUGCCCAAUGAUCAAGAUAUAAGUGCGGAAGAUAUGAAAGCUAUUUUAUCCCAGAAGAAGAACCUUUACCAGGGGUUGUGGUGGGGUGGUGAGCGAAUAUGGCUGGAUGAUUUGGUACGAUUGAAAAAGACCCGAAGCGAAUUACCUACCAACGCUUUGUUACCUCCAUCGGAAGGUGCAACCGAACGAGGUGUCUUCCUCAAAAUCAGAGUGCUUGCCGUGGAGGUGCAUCCUGAUCCAAGCAAACCCAAUACGACGGGAUGGCGAUGUGUGGUCUAUGGAGAUGUUUUUGAACUGGCCAAGGAAGGUACACCAGGCACUGAAUCUCUGAAAGAGGCUAAUGGCGAUACGGACGAUACAUCUCUUGUACACCAUUACCCAGCUCCGAAAGGAUACGAUUAUAGACAAUUGAACGAGAAGGAAAGUGAAGUUACGGUAGAUAUCAUCGAUGUCGCUGGUCGAAUUUAUCCUGAUUUGAUAGAUGCGUCCACUCAGAAUUGGUUUAUCGACCCAUCCAACCCAUCCAACAAAGAAGGGAGGGUAGAACCUGGAGAAGGAGCUUACGCUCUGAGCGGUUUGAAGAGCGGUACGACAGUUGCUAGUAAAAGUACGAUAUGGGAUGAGGAUUUGUACUCGAUCGUACAGAGGACGACCAAGGCCACCGAAAGUGGUAUGAAAGAAUGGUAUACGAAGCUCUCAAGAGCCGCACUAGGUUUACCUAAAUUAUUGACCAGCCAAGUUGAUGGAAAUCCGACCGGUACUGCGAACGGUCACAAGGGUCAAAAUGGAGCCGGAACUCUGAAUGAAGUGUUGAAUGGAUCAAAUGGUGAAUCCAAGUCUUAG